AUGGUUUUUCCCAUUUUUCUUUGGAGUUUGUCACAAACUAAACACAGCUUCCAGACUUUAAAACCAAAGCCCAAUCUAGCCCAUCAGCCACCAAAUAAUCAUAAAUGGGCUACGUUGCACCACUUGAAUCUACGGCACGUCGCCCGAUGCAUUCUCAAACAGUUGCAGCCACACGCCGCCGCUUUUCAUCCUACGCAGGCUCUCAUUGCCGCCGCCAUCGGUAGUUAUGUCAUCGAAUUUGAUGCUUUAACGGGAAGUAAGUUAUCUCCUAUAGACAUUGGCUCCCCUGUGGUUCGAAUGUCUUAUAGCCUACAAGUGUCCACUCUUUCAUUGCUAUCCUUGAGGAAAUUACAAGGUUGCAGAAAGUCCAAGGCCCAAGGGCGCAAAAGAUGAGUUGGCUAGACUAUCUAGACAUCUGGGUUCUUUGCCUCUACAGUCAAAGCACUGAAUAAAUUGCAUUCCCACUGCCAUAAAACAAAAUAUGGUUGUUCAGAAAUAUGCUUAUGCCAAGCAGAUGCUUGAACUUCUCCUGUCUAAGGCACCUCCAGGUAAGCUAGAGGAAUUGAGGAGUCUGACCGACAAUUGAGUUCAGAAGGGUUUAACCAACAAGUCUAUUGAUCCACCCGAAGAUCCCUCUCAGUUCUGUGGUGCCACUCUCAGCCGUCCGUCAACUAUCGGAUAUGAUGUUUGUGAUCUUUGUGGGGCAGGCCUAGUUCCUUCACCAUUUAUCUAUAAUCUAUCAAACUCUUCUGGAAGGCCGCCCUCAAUGUCAUAGGUUUUUGUCCUAAUUCUAAGGAGAUUCCUCUGCUAUAGAAAUCUCCAUUCUGAGGCACUCAUCUUUCUUCUGUUUUUGACUCCUUCCAAAGUUUGGUUCCUUUAUCAUCGAGAAUCUAGCAGCGGCCACUGGGCAUAUGAUUUAUAUUUUCAUUCGUUUAUGUAUGAUUCUGUUUCCUCCCUUGUUCUUACUCAUCCUUUUCCUUUUUAUUUAUUUUUUUAUUUCAUAUCAUCUUCAGCCCCAUUUGUUGUGACUUAGGACCUCCCUGUGUUGUAAUAUUUCACAUUCAAAUUUUCAUAGUUUGUAAACAGCAUACGAAUUCCCUGGUCUGUAAAUAGCUUUGAUGAUUUGGCCAUUAUAAACAAAAUUUUGAUUGAUGUUUCCGAUUUCAGUCUUAAAACAAUUAUCUGUUUCCCAGUAAUUUGGUAGUUCCUAGACUAUAUUUGA